UGCCUGUUUCUGGAUAAUCCUUUUGUUCCGUCUUCCCCUGGAUUAUUUGUUUAUGCUGCUCUGUUCACUACCUCUGUUUUGGAUUACCUUUAUUGUAUUCUGGACUCUGCUGUACUCAGAAACUGUACCUGUUCUGCCUCUGUGUCCUGCGCUUGGGACCUAAAACCUGUUCCUGCCUGCACACACGACAAACCCUUACAGUUUUAGAAUGAAGUCUCCUGUAGGCGCUUCACGGUCAAAGUCUUGGAAAAAAACGCAGAAGAACUCAUGUUACCUGCAAUAAAAGCUCAGCCUGCAGGUGUCAGUACCACUCCUCCACACGUAGUGUGCAUAUAUAUGCACCGAAGGUCUGCUUGAGUGUUUUGUGUUCAGGAGGAGAGAGGUAGAGGAUGUCAGAGAGCCGAGUGAUAAUGGAACUCAAUGGAGCUGAAAAAAGACACCAGUCUGCAGGUUCAGGCCAACAGCGAAAGGGCGCCACCGUUAGCUUUCAUAACAUCCACUACAAGGUCACGCAAGGAGGAAGCUGUCUGUGUCGGAAGAAGGGGACCAUCAAAGAUAUCCUCAUCGACCUCAAUGGGUGCAUGAAGCCGGGUCUGAACGCCAUCAUGGGAGCGACUGGAAGCGGCAAGUCAUCGUUCCUGGAUGUCUUGGCAGCCAGGAAGGACCCUGCAGGACUGACGGGAGAAGUUUUGAUCAACGGAGCUCCUCAGCCUCCAAACUUCAAGUGUCUGUCUGGAUAUGUGGUGCAGGAUGACGUGGUGAUGGGAACUCUGACGGUCAGAGAGAACUUCAGCUUCUCGGCGGCGCUGCGUCUCCCAGCGUCCGUCUCUCAGGGGGAGAAAGAGCAAAGGGUCGACAAACUGAUCCAGGAGCUGGGACUGGGCCGAGUGGCCAACUCCAAGGUUGGCACCCAGCUGAUUCGUGGGAUCUCCGGCGGUGAGAGGAAGAGGACGAACAUCGGCAUGGAGCUCAUCAUCGACCCGUCCGUCCUCUUCCUGGAUGAACCCACCACGGGCCUCGACGCCAGCACCGCUAACUCAGUGCUGCUGCUGCUCAAGAGGAUGGCAAACAACGGACGCACCAUCAUCCUGUCCAUCCACCAGCCUCGAUACUCCAUCUACCGCCUGUUCGACAGCCUCACCCUGCUGGUCAACGGCAAACAGGUUUACCAUGGUCCAGCACAGAAAGCACUGGAAUAUUUCUCAGACAUUGGAUACACCUGUGAGCCCCACAACAACCCUGCUGACUUCUUCCUGGACAUCAUUAACGGAGACUCAACUGCCGUCACCUACAGCGACAUUGACAGCGAAGAUAUGGAUCUAGAUUCAAACUCUGUGUCGAUGUCCAGAAGGGGGAUCGAGGAGAAACUCGUAGAGGAAUACAGAAACUGCAGCUAUUUCAAACAGACCAAAGCAGAGCUGGAAAGGAUAAUUCAGGGGAAGCCAACAGCCACCACUGCUACCACAAGAACCAUCACCUACAACACUGGUUUCAUGACCCAAUUCAGAUGGGUUCUCAAGAGAACGUUCCGCAACCUCAUGCUCAACCCUCAGACCUCCAUUGCUCAGGUGGCCGUAACCUUGUUCCUCGCUCUGGUCGUAGGAGCCAUUUUCUUUAAUGUCAAGGAGGAUCAAAGUGGAAUGCAGAACAGGUUUGGCGCGCUCUUCUUCAUCGUUGUGAAUCAGUGUUUCAGCUCCCUGUCAUCGGCUGAACUCUUCAUCUCAGAGAGAAAACUCUUCAUUCACGAGUAUAUCAGCGGAUACUACAGGCUGUCUGUGUACUUCCUGUGUAAGAUCCUGUCUGACAUCUUAACGCUGAGGACCAUCCCCGCCAUAGUCUUCAGCUGUGUGGCGUACUUCAUGAUUGGUCUGAAGCCGACAGCUGAAGCCUUCUUCCUCUUCAUGUUCUCUGUGACUCUUGUGUCCUACACGGCCACCUCCAUGGCUCUGGCCAUCUCAGCCGACCAGACGGUGGUGGCCAUCGCAAACAUCUUCAUGACCAUUGCCUGCGUCUUCAUGAUGAUCUUCGCAGGUUUGCUUGUGAAUCUUCCCUCCAUCGUCAGCUGGCUCGCUUGGUUAAAAUACUUAAGUAUACCACGAUAUGGCCUCAGUGCUCUGCAGGUUAAUGAGUUUACUGGGCUGAACCUCUGUCGCGGGAUAAACAUAAGCAGCAUUCCACCUGGACUCGCUUGUACGGGGGAGAAGUUUCUGGAGGAGCAGGGUGUGGAUUACUCCACCUGGGGCUUCUGGCAGAACCACAUGGCUCUGGGCAUCAUGACCAUCUGCUUCCUCACCAUCGCUUACCUCAAACUGCGCUUCAUCAGAAAGUUCACCUAGACCUUUGUCACUACCAUAAGAAGACUUGUGACGGGAAAUGCUGCAGUCUAAAGUAUGUGCAGCUAGAAGUGCAGCUUCAGCUCAGGAGUGUUUGUAUAUCUUUCUAUUAUUUCUUUUGCAGAAGUUAAUUUGUUCAUUUUUAUUAACUGUUGAUUCACAAGUUAAAAUAUGAAACGGUAUCAGAUGUUUGAUACUGAUGAUGUUUGUAAAUAAAUGUAUUUGUUGUUUAUGUUAUGGCACUCCCAACUAACACUACAGUACUUAAGUGUUAACCAAUAAUGAACUAUAUUGUGAUUUUGGCACUUUUCAUGUUCGGAGCCAAAGAAGUCAUUUUUUCACACAAAUACAAUAAUUAUAUAUUUAUGAAGUUUUAUAAAAUAAAAAACUAAAUUUGCUUGAA